ACAGUCCUCCUCUUCUUAACGAUGAUUGGUCCAGACCGCCACAUGUCCGUUUAUCCAAUAGCAUCUUCCGCUCGCGUCACGUGGUCUUUCAAGACCCGGAAAACUUAUGUUGCAGGCUUUGAAAAGCGUCAGACACCUGCAGUCCAUUGCAAUGAAACACGCAGUUUCAGAGCUUUGUGUCCCGGUCCCAUGGGGAGAGCUCAGAGGGAAAGUCUGGGGUCCUGAUCACGGUCGCCCUGUGCUGUGCCUGCACGGCUGGGCUGACAACUGUGGCACAUUCAACAGCCUCAUUCCCCUUCUACCCAAAGAGUGCAGAUAUGUGGCGGUGGAUCUGGCGGGUCACGGUCUGUCGUCACAUCGUAGUCCUGGAGUUUUCUACUCUUUUCCGGCGUAUGUGAUGGACGUACGCAGAGUUGUUGACGCUCUGCAGUGGAGCAAAUUCUCCAUCAUAGGCCACAGUAUGGGUGGUAACGUUGCUGGAAUGUUCAGUUCACUGUAUCCUGAGAUGGUGGAUGCUGUCGUACUGCUGGACUCAUAUGGAUUCUUUCCUACAGAUAAGAAAGAAAUGUUGAAAGUGAUGAGGCAGGGGAUGGAUCAGAUGGUUCAAUUUGAAAAAAUGACGGAAGAUAAGAAGAGAAGAGUUUACACUUAUGAAAAUGCAGUAGAGAGGCUGAUGGCUGCCAACCCGACUCUGUCUGAACGGUCUGUGCACAUCCUUUUAGAGCGAGGUCUAGUUCAAGUUGAAGGAGGUGUGAUGUUUACCCGAGACCUCCGUAUUAAUCUGAAAAAUAUAACGCGCAUCAGUUUGGAACAGAGUCUGGAAUUGCAGUCGGGGAUUCAAGCCUCUGUUCUAGUUAUUCUAGCAGAGGACGGCUUUGAGAAAAUGUUUAGUGAACCAGAGCAAAAGAAAUUCACAUCAGCAAUUCUCCAGGCCUAUAGGGACAGAAAUCACGCGGUGGUGACCGUACCAGGUGAUCAUCACGUCCAUCUGAAUGAUCCUAAAGCUGUCGCUCCACUUGUGUCUGACUUCCUGCAGACCAAAGUGUUGACACAGCCAGCCCGACAAACAGCUGAACAGACCUCGAAGUUAUAGCAAACACAAAAACCAUUGGUUUUGCCUUAAGUAAUAUUACACUGCUGAUUUUAACAUAACAUUUGUUUGUAUUCAUAUUGUACUGUUUACACUCACCUUGGUGCUAAAACCUGUCAACCAGCUAUGUAAGCAUAACUCAUGUUACUUUUGCUGAACGCCUAAAGUAUUUAAUGCAUUUUAAUAGAUAUUUAAUAGCCGCUUGUCUUUAACUCCGGAGGGUCUGUGAAAUAGUGAAGGGGGUUGUUGGGUAAGCUGAAAAGACAAAUCAGCAAAAAAACUGCCAAAAGAGCUGAGCAUCAAGGAAGGACUCAGCCAGCCAGUGCCAUUAAGCAUGGCCGUUCACUGUGUUUACCUUCGUUAACUCUCCUGAAUUGAUACCAAGCUCCAUAACCACACAGACCUUUACACACAUCACACUGGUCCGUUACAACUCUACUCAGUCAGAGAUUUCACCGCUCUCAGUUGAGAUGGAUGGCAAAGCGCUGCGGUGUUUUUCGGUGAUUUUCAGCCUGCUUCAGCCUCACAUUGUUGAAACGGAGCAGCUAAUAUCGGUAGCGAGAGCAAGAAGUUAGCAGACUGCCAAGACUGCACCUUUCUCUCUGCUCUGCAUCAAGGUUGUGUCCCUAAAGCCCUGCCCUUGGUGAAACAGGGAGAUCAAAGGAGAGGACAGAAAGACAGCAAAACGCAGUAAAGAUUCACUGAGCUGAAAUGGAAACACUGCGCUUCAUUUUGAAGGAUUCUGUUAUUCUACAAUAUUAAAAACAAAACAAAUCUCUUAAUCCUACAAUAGAAAACUGAAUACCUACCCAACGAACAAAUAUCCAAAAAGUUAAAGGUUCAAAAAGUCAACAUUAGCUUUGUAAAGAUAGAUGGCUAAGCUGUUGUAUUGGACUGCAUUAGAUCGUACAGGAGUAAUAAAGAUCUUAGUUAUUUAGACUAUGCUGAACUCUAUCCUGAGCUUGGUGUCUUCCUGCUGCCCUGCAGUUCAGACUGCUGUGUAUUAGCAGGCAGAAGGUAUAGUAUUACCUUGUAGCUGCUGUCUUUGAGGAUUGUUUAAAAUGCACAGGUGUCUUAGAAGUCCGCUGCCUGUUGUUAAUAUUUUAUCAGUUGCUCAGUUUCUCUGAAGCGUGUCCUCAUGUUUAAUCCCAAAAGGUAGCAGGCUGUGGGAAGAAAGAGUGUGUACCUGAGUGCCACAGUGGGAGCAGAGGAUGAAUAUGAACUCAUCAAGUACUGUCACACAGUAUCUUGUUUACAGCAUUUAAACUAUGUUAAUAAAGGCUUUUAUUUUGGA